CAGGCUGGCAGUGCGCGAGUGAGUCGGAUUCACCUCAGUAACAGAACAGUGAGGAAAGAUGGUUCGUCCGUGUUGUGAAGAAAGCAGAGUGUUUUAGCUGCGCGAAGGUGUAGUCGGUGCUCGUCUGCUUCGGGGAAAUCAAACGGUCUGGUGAAAUGCCACGCUAGCCGUGUUCACAGAGCCGCGCACGGUCCUAGCCGUUAGUGAAGGAGCGCUGUGACCGCACUGACUUCUCGUAUUCCUGACCUGUUUCUGGGUUGAGCAUGAGCAUGGUGGAGCUCAGCUGCGAUGCAUGCAUUAGGCUGUAGAAUGAACCUUGCAGCCGUGCUAAAUGGCCUGCUGGUGUCGCUGGUUGCAGCCCUCCUGUGGAAGUACGUUCGGCUGAGCGACCACAUGGCACAACUGGAAGAGGAGCUACAGCUGACGCGUCAAUCUCAGGAGCUUUCACACGUGCGUAUAGAUUAUCAUGCCGCCCUGUUGGCACUGCAAGAGCAAGGCACGAGGAUGGUCUGCACUGGAAAAAUGCACACUGACCGCAUCUGCCGCUUCGACUAUCUCUGCUACAGCACCGAGGCUGAGGAGUUCAUAUUCUUCCAUAGCAAUGCCUCGGUCAUGCUUCCGAAUUUGGGCCCUCGCCGCUUCCAACCAGCCCUGCUGGACUUGUCGUCCGUCGAGGAUCACAACACUCAGUAUUUUAACUUCUUGGAAUUGCCGGCAGCCGCGCUAAAGUACAUGCCGAAACCCGUGUUUGUGCCAGAUGUCGCCCUCAUCCUCAAUCGCUUCAACGCCGAUAACCUGAUGCACAUCUUCCACGAUGAUCUUCUUCCAAUAUUCUACACCAUGCAGCAGUACACAGAUCUGGAUGAUGAGGCCAGGCUCGUCUUCAUGGAAGGCUGGGCUGAGGGGAACCAUUUUGAUCUCUAUCGCCUGCUGAGCAGCAAACAGCCGCUACUUAAAGAGCACUUGCGGAACUUUGGGAAACUCAUGUGCUUCACCAAAUCUUAUGUCGGGUUGUCAAAGAUGACCACGUGGUAUCAGUAUGGCUUUGUACAGCCCCAAGGGCCCAAAGCCAACAUUCUGGUGUCGGGAAAUGAGAUUCGUCAGUUUGCUUCAUUCCUAAUGGACCGGCUGAAUAUCACAACAGAGGAGAGGCCUGAAGGUGAUGAUUAUAUAGUAGUGUUUAGUAGAACUUCUAACAGGCUGAUACUCAACGAGGCGGAGUUGCUUCUUAUUUUGGCUCAAGAGUAUAAAAUGAGGACAGUCACUGUUUCUUUGGAAGAGCAAACAUUUGCAAGUAUAGUCCAGCUUAUUAGUGCAGCAUCCAUGUUGGUCAGCAUGCACGGCGCUCAACUGAUCACGUCCAUGUUUCUACCCCGAGGGGCUGCUAUUGUCGAGCUUUUCCCGUACGCGGUCAAUCCUGAACAGUACACGCCGUAUAAAACUCUGGCCUCGUUGCCAGGAAUGGACCUGCAGUAUAUAGCAUGGAGAAACACCAUCGAAGAGAAUUCUGUUGCUUAUCCCGACCGCCCCUGGGACCAAGGAGGCAUCACUCAUCUGGAGAAAGAGGAACAGGAACGUAUCCUGUCUAGCAAGGAGGUGCCCAGACACCUCUGUUGUCGCAACCCGGAGUGGCUUUUUCGGAUUUAUCAGGACACCAUUGUGGACAUUCGGUCCUUCCUGGAAGUCCUUAAAGAAGGUCUAAAAGUGAAGCCGAAUCUAAAAAAGAGCAAACCUGCUAGUGUAGUACAUCCUGGUAGGGUCCGACAACCCAAAUGCCAGACAUCAGUGCAGGCUGCCCAUGAAGCAAAGCUCUCUGUGUCCUGGCAGAUUCCUUGGAACCUCAAGUACUUGAAGGUAAGAGAGGUCAAAUAUGAAGUGUGGAUCCAGGAGCAGGGAGAGAACACGUACAUGCCUUACAUUCUCUCCCAACAGAACUAUACUUUUUCAGAGAACAUUAAACCCUUUACCACAUACCUAGUGUGGGUGCGCUGUAUCUUUAACAAGAACCUUUUGGGACCAUUCGCAGACGUACUUAUAUGUAAAACCUAACUCUGAAUGUUAAGCUCACAGUGUCAUGACCAGAGUCAGAAAAAAGGCUGAUUACAAAUACUGUGAAGAUGGAUUGGUCUGUGUGAGGGGAAAAAAAAAGAAGAUUUUUCUGCAGCAUGACACAAAUUGUACUGUAUCUCAUUACCCCAGUAAAUAAGAGGAACGUUUGUGCUGAGGAGGACUAAAAAUAAUACAUAUGGGCUGAACUGCCAAAUCAGACUCUUUUUAGAAAAAGACUUUAUCAUGAGUUAAAAAAAAAUUCAGUAUUCAAAUUGUAUUUAUAAAACUGCGUGAGGUAAUUUAUUUUAUUUAUUAGUUAAUGAUGUCUGGUGCUGAAAUUUAUCGUGACCUUGUGUGACCGCGUGGUGCGCAGAUAGAUAUUUUAAAAGUUUCCUACUUUUUUGGCACAAGCAAUUUUGUUAAGAUUUUGCAAUUCUGUCUUUUAUGUGACUUUGUGAAUCGAGCAAAUGUUACCUGUAGUCGUUAAACUCUCAUUGCUUAGCUUGACAUUAGAUAGCAUAUUGAGCCAAAUUAGCUUAAAAACAUAGGGGUUUUAGAAAGAUGUUCUUCCUCAUUUGUUCAUUGUAUGUGUGGUGACUUGUUUGUAGUUUUUCAGUGAUGAUUUUUUUGUUUUUCUUUUCGUUUUAUUCUAAAAGACGUGCUUGCCUAUUUUGAUAUUGAAACAGACUGACUGUACUGGGAACAGGGAAUGUAAGGGGUGAGUCUUUAAAUUGUGGGCUUUCAUGAUCAAAUGGAAAUAAAGAUAUAAAGCUG